AGAUGAGAUUUGUUUAUGUGUACUACGAUUUCAUCUAUUUUGUUGUUUAUGUUGUGCGGAAAUCCGAAUUUUGUGGUUUUUGUUAAAGAUUAUAAACUCUGAUUUGUAUCAGUUCAUUCCUAAUUGAAUACUGUAAAUCUUCUUACUGUUUUUUUUAUUUAUUUAGGAAAGCUGUAUAACCAGCAAAUUUUUUUUUCCGGGAAGAUAUACCAUGGUUUAAUAUCUCAUGAUAUAAAUACUUCAAUAUUCAGGUAUGUAAGAGUUUACAAGUUUAUAGAAUGAUUAAACGCUGGUGGUGCACAAGAACUUGAUCCGCGGUGCUAAUAUGGCGUCAAUGUGGUGACAAACAAGACGAUGGCAGCGAUGCACACGACUGAUUUGGUUGGUGAUCGGUGGCUGUGUCAAAGCGGUGAAAGGAUAUGUUCAUCGAAUCGAGUGAACUGGGCGAGCACAUACACGAGUCAAAAUAAUACAUACAAUAAGAAAACUUUAGUAGCGAACAACCCGCUAACUAUUAGAGUUCGUGUGAAAUACGGGUCUAUAUACCACGGAAUCAAUAAUAGUUCUCAAGCUACAUUCGGGGAAUUGAAGAAGAUGUUAUUGGGCCCGACAGGAUUACACCAUGAAGAUCAAAAACUUAUGUACAAGAAUAAAGAGAGGAGCUCGAAAACAUUUUUGGAUGUUGUCGGUGUGAAGGAUCUAUCAAAAAUGGUGUUGGUGGAAGACCCGAUUAGCCAAGAAAGGCGGUACGUCGAGAUGAGGAAGAAUGCAAUGAUGGAGAAGGCUGCUAAAGCGAUUUCGCAGAUUAGUUUGGAGGUCGAUAGACUCGCUGGUCAGGCGACCGUCAGAGGACAUGACUAUUCCGUUGGGCGUCAUUGCAGAGCGGACAAAACUAUUGGUUGAAGAUGUUAAGUAUCUUCUCAUGAAAAGUCUAUCUGUAAGCUCUUAAUUGUUACCGACAAGGCUACAACUUGAUGCAUACUUGAGUUCAUACGUUGUAAAUAAUAUAUUGUGAUCCAUACCCGUACGGUACCGGUACCCGGUACCCGAUACCAAAUGCUCAUCCCUAGGCGUAAGACAAAGGCCAUAGGGAAAAUGCAGCCGAGAUACACGAUCAUGAAGAAAGCACCCGUGUAUUGUUGAGUACAAUUGAGACAGCCGAGGCUGCAGGCAUGACAUAUGGUCAACCUGCACUUGAGUUCAAAGAAGCAAAGGCCAAGCUCAACUUCGUAAAGUGUGUUGUUGAUAUUUAACAUCAGGUUGUAUUUUGUAGUUUGUUGUUGAUCUUAUAAGGGAUUGGCAGAUACUCAUAAGUUGAGGCUAUUGUAUACUCCUAAGCACCUUUGUAACUUAAUAGCUACCUUACCUUUUAUUUUUAUUUUGUCUGUUGAUUGAUAUCUUGCCAACUU